AUGACAGUCACCAGGCAAACCUCACCACCCAACACCUCACGACCCAGCCAUAUUAACCAGCCCGACCGCUCGACAAAGCCAAAACCAUCAGUCACAGUUCACCAUCCAGCCAAAGUCACCAGCCCCCCCUCCACCAAGCGAAACCACAUUAACCAUCCCACCUCAACAUCCAGCCAUAGUCACCAGCCACACCUCAUUACCCAGUUAAACUCACCAUCCCCAGCACGCCACAUAGCCAAAGUCCCCAGCACAAGCUCGUCAACAAGCAAAAGUCACCAGUCCCACCUCUCCACCCACCCAAAGUCACCAGCCCCACCUCAUCACCAAGCCAAAGUCACAAGCCCCUCCUCUCCACCCAGCCAAAGUCAUCGGCCCCAUCUCUCCACCCAGCAACAAUCACCAUCCCCAGCUCGCCACAUAGCCAAAGUCCCAGCACAAGCUCGUCAACAAGCCAAAGUCGCCAGCCCCACCUCGCCACCUAGCCAAAGUCACCAGACCCUCAAUGGUACCAGGCAACAGUCACCAGCCCCAGUUCACCAUCAUGCCAACGUCACCAGCUCAACAAACCUGUCCACCAAGCCAAAGUCACCAGCUCCACCUCUUUUCCCAGCCACAGUCACCAGCCCCACCUCACCACCUAGCCACAUAAACCAGCACCACCACUCCACACUACAAAAGCCAUGA